CAUCAACUCGGAAAAAAAAAAAAAAAUGUAAAUAGAACUCGGGUCGUGCGUCCUGAUCAGUGUUAUGAAUAUAAGGGAAAUAGAGGACGCCUUUUGAACUGAGCCCUUGUGAGCGGCGUGAGGACGUAUGUGAUGUGUUUUUUUUAUUUUCCCCAAGUGGAUUACCUACGAAUUGAAAUUGAAGAUGGAGCAUACUUCAAAAGCAAAUGCUCAAGAAGUCAGCACACUAGUCAUAUCUCAGCCCAUCUGUCAUCCAAGCCUAAACACUUAUGGGGAGGCUCAGCUGAAACUGCUGAAAGUAUUCUGCUACACAUGUAAGAAGCAGGUGGAGGGAGCAGAGGUCUUGACACACCUGUUCUUUGGAACAAUUAAGUGUAAAAACUGUUAUGAAGUGUUAAAUACUUGCAUUGUGUUCAAAAAGCAGUUCCCAGUGACCAGCAACUGCUAUGCAAGCAAGGAUGGUCACUGUUUGGUAUGGAAAGAAUUGCCUGUAGCCUAUGUGAUGCAGAAUAUAAGAACAGACAUGUCUAAGAAGUCCACCACCAUACUGACUGCUCAUGAGGUCGCUGCCAGUGCUUCGACCUACGUACAUACCAUCAUGCCUCUCAGGGAGCUAGAUCCCUGGAGGACAGCCAUGUCCUACAUGAUUGAGAAUCCUCUGCUGCUUAACCUCAAGGAUCUGCCACCACCAAUACAGCCCUGCAGGAUCACCAGGCAACAGAUCUCCUCAAAGCAGCAGAUGGCCCAGCCCAAAUCCGAUCCAGUGACACGUCAAGUAUUGCCGCUGGAGAAAGGGCAGAAGAGGUCCCAGGAAAGUAUGCCACCAGCGAAGAGGAGAAACGUGCCGCAUGCACCUGCUGUAGCAGAGGCAAUCACUCCUGACAAAACAGAAGCCACCCCUGCCACAGAAGAAACCAAGCCUAGAAGACAUGCUUCCUGUGCUGCCCUACGGGUCAUCCGAACAUUACUUACCAAGAGUAUCAAGACAGAGACACCAUCUUCCAAAACGACACUUGUUCCUAACACCAGCCUUGCCCAGUGUCAGUCGACCUCUGCCUCACUGGGCAGUAGAGAGACAAACAUUUCUGCUGCCAGAUCAGAGAUGCACACUGCCCCUGCCAGGAAUGAUGCAAACACUUCUCCUGCUAAGACAGACACAAACAUUUGUCCUGCCACUACAGAUACACACAGUUUCCCUGCUAGGGUAGACCCACAUACUUGCCCUGUCAAGAGUUCCACUCUUCCAGAUGGGAUGUGCACCUCUAACACUACAAAACUUAAUUCUCCUUGCAAAGAGAUGAAACAUGUUUCUUCAGUAACCUCAAAAGCAAAUGCUCAAGAAGUCAGCACACUAGUCAUAUCUCAGCCCAUCUGUCAUCCAAGCCUAAACACUUAUGGGGAGGCUCAGCUGAAACUGCUGAAAGUAUUCUGCUACACAUGUAAGAAGCAGGUGGAGGGAGCAAAGGUCUUGACACACCUGUUCUUUGGAACAAUUAAGUGUAAAAACUGUUAUGAAGUGUUAAACACUUGCAAUGUGUUCAAAAAGCAGUUCCCAGUGACCAGCAACUGCUAUGCAAGCAAGGAUGGUCACUGUUUGGUAUGGAAAGAAUUGCCUGUAGCCUAUGUGAUGCAGAAUAUAAGAACAGACAUGUCUAAGAAGUCCACCACCAUACUUACUGCUCAUGAGGUCGCUGCCAGUGCUUCGACCUACGUACAUACCAUCAUGCCUCUCAGGGAGCUAGAUCCCUGGAGGACAGCCAUGUCCUACAUGAUUGAGAAUCCUCUGCUGCUUAACCUCAAGGAUCUGCCACCACCAAUACAGCCCUGCAGGAUCACCAGGCGACAGAUCUCCUCAAAGCAGCAGAUGGCCCAGCCCAAAUCCGAUCCAGUGACACGUCAAGUAUUGCCGCUGGAGAAAGGGCAGAAGAGGUCCCAGGAAAGUAUGCCACCAGCGAAGAGGAGAAACAUGCCGCAUGCACCUGCUGUAGCAGAGGCAAUCACUCCUGACAAAACAGAAGCCACCCCUGCCACAGAAGAAACCAAGCCUAGAAGACAUGCUUCCUGUGCUGCCCUAAAGAUCAUCCAAGCAUUACGUGUCAAGAGUAUCAAGACAGAGACACCAUCUUCUCAAAUGACAUUUGCCCCUAAGACCAGCCUUGCCCUGAGUCAGUUGACCUCUGCCUCACCACCCACCCCAUCUGAUGAGAUAACGGUUUUUCAUGCCAAGACACACACACCCCCUGCCAUGACAAACACACACACUUCCCCUGCUAAGACAAACACACACACUUCCCCCGCUAAGAUAAACACACACACUUCCCCUGCUAAGACAAACACACAUGCUUCCCCUACCAUGACAAACACGCACACUUCUUCUGCUAAGACAGACUCACACACUUCCUGUGCUAAGACAGACUCACACACUUCCUGUGCUAAGACAGACACACACACUUCUUGUGCUAAGAUAGACACACACAUUUCUCCUGCUAGGAGACGCACUUCCCCUGCUAAGACGAGCACACACACUUCCCCUGCUAAGAUGAGCACACACACUACCCCUGCCACACCAGACACACACACUUCCCCUGCUAAGACGAGCACACACACUUCCCCUGCCACACCAGACACACACACUUCCCCUGCUAAGACGAGCACACACACUUCCCCUGCCACACCAGACACACACACUUCCCCUGCUAAGAUGAGCACACACACUUCCCCUGCCACACCAGACACACACACUUCCCCUGCUAAGACGAGCACACACACUUCCCCUGCCACACCAGACACACACACUUCCCCUGCUAAGAUGAGCACACACACUUCCCCUGCCACACCAGACACACACACUUCCCCUGCUAAGAUGAGCACACACACUUCCCCUGCCACACCAGACACACACACUUCCCCUGCUAAGAUGAGCACACACACUUCCCCUGCCACACCAGACACACACACUUCCCCUGCUAAGACGAGCACACACACUUCCCCUGCCACACCAGACACACACACUUCCCCUGCUAAGAUGAGCACACACACUUCCCCUGCCACACCAGACACACACACUUCCCCUGCUAAGACAAGCACACACACUUCCCCUGCCACACCAGACACACACACUUCCCCUGCCACACCAGACACACACACUUCCCCUGCCACACCAGACACACACACUUCCCCUGCUAAGACAAGCACACACACUACCCCUGCCACACCAGACACACACACUUGGCCUGCUAGGAGAUGCAUUUUCCCUGCUAAGACAGAUACACACUCUUCCCCUGCUAAGACAAGCACACACACUUCCCCUGCCACACCAGACACACACACUUCCCCUGCUAAGACAAGCACACACACUUCCCCUGCCACACCAGACACACACACUUCCCCUGCCACACCAGACACACACACUUCCCCUGCCACACCAGACACACACACUUGGCCUGCCAGGAGAUGCAUUUUCCCUGCUAAGACAGAUACACACUCUUCCCCUGCUAAGACAGACACACCCACUUCCCCUGCCACACCAGACACACACACUUCCCCUGCCACACCAGACACACACAGUUUCCCUGCCACACCAGACACACACACUUGCCCUGCCACACCAGACACACACACUUGCCCUGCCAGGUGUAUUUCCCCAUCUAAGACAGACACACAUUCUUCCUCUUCCAGGAGAUGCACUUUGUCACACCUUGCUAAGAUGAACACCUUCCUUACCAAAACAUGCAGCUCUCCAGCCAGGAGAGACACGUCCUCAACCAGAACACACACUUCCUCUGUCAGCAUAUCCAUGUCUCCUAUAAGGAAGUGGUCUUCCCCUGUCAAGACAGUUCCUUCCCCAGCUCAGUCCACUUUUGCAAAAAAACAUAUUUCUGGUGAGGGACAGUCUUUCAAUUCUAUGACACAUACCUCCCUUUCCUUUGUCAGGAAAUCUAUUAUCCCUUCUAAGGUGAUCACUUCCCCUCACCAAGCCUCCAUCAUAGACAAGGGCAUGUCAUGUGCCUUCAGGCCAGGCCCAAAAAGCACAAACAAUGAACACACUUUUCAGACCUUACCCAAGGAGGAUUUGCAAGUUCCUCCCAGGCCCCAAUACAUUCCUGCUGAAGUGUUUGCCACUGGACACUACCUGGAGGUGAAAUGGAAGAAGGGCACACCUAAGGAGUGCCCUAAUUGUUACUGCAAGAACUUUGUAAACAGGAGCAUUUUUCUGUCAAGCUCAGUAGUGAAGAUGGUAUGUCAGGAGUGUGAGCUGUACAUUUACAUCCACCCUCAUCCUGAUAGAUUCAUACUUUUCCUUGCCGAAAAAUACAAGAAAGCCUUGCCAAGGUGCAUCAAUGUCAACACCUACAAAAUGGAACCUGUCCAGCUGGGGCCACGGGACUGAGGAACUGGACUUACUGCCCAUACUAACUUAUAUAUAUAUAUAUAUAUAUAUAUAUAUAUAUAUAUAUAUAUAUAUAUAUAUAUAUAUAUAUAUAUAUAUAUAUAUAUAUGAUGGCUAAUUUAGCAUUUAUUAACUUUUUAAAUAAGAUAGUUUCUUUAUAUCCUAUGAUUGUCCUUUUAUCUUUUAACUGAAUGUAAGUAAAACUGAAAAAAAUAUGUAUAAAGUUAAGAAAAAUUGAUUACUAAGAAAUGUAUAUGUACAUUUAAACAGCUAUAAUAGAAAACAUGGAUUUUGAGGCUCCAGUUGUAUAUUAUCUGAGCACAUAUUUUAUUGAGAAUUGUACCUCAUUACAUGUUGCAUAAUGACAAGUUAUAGUAAUGGUUGUAAAAAUAAAAUAUUGUUAUCUGCUAUAUAA